AUGGCGGGGGAAAAAUCUGCUCUAACAACAGCGAUCACAAUACUAUCGUUUGCUACUACAGGAGUAUCUUCUCUACAGUGCUAUAAGUGCCUCAUUAACCCACCACUGGGAGAAAACUACAACACUGCUAAGCGUCUUUGCGUUCACUUCGACUACUCGGAUAAUUUUAUAGUAGAGUGUCCUUCCUCUACCAUGUGCAUGAAGCAGGACUUCUAUCUUGACAUACAAAAUGGAGUUAGAAUAACCGGAGUAGAGCGAGACUGCGCCCCUCAAACACACGCGUACCAAGAAUACAAGAACGGGAAAUGGUCACCUAAAACGGAAAUAUUGGAACCCUAUGAAGAGGGAUGUACCAGCGUCGACAACAAGGGAGAGAGGGCUACAACUAGCAGACAUUGCUACUGCCGCCAGGACCUCUGCAACUCGACAACGAGCACGACACACGAAGGCUACACAGAUAUCAUGGGCGUCAUAGUGGUGUUCAAUCUAAUGAAGUACAUUAACAGUCUUAGGUAG